AUGGCUACCCCUAGUGUCCAAGCUUUUGACGCUGAGGGUCGCGCCAUUGAUUUUGAGGUCUGGUUAGACGACCUGCAGCUGUUCUUACAGUGCGACAGGGCUGACGACCUUUCUCUCUUUGACCUCACCUCUGGCGCCUCUCCUGCUCCUGCUGCUGAUGCUGAUCCCACUGUCCGCUCUAAGUGGGCCACCCGCGAUGCUGCUGCACAUCUUGCUGUGCGUCGCCACCUCCCUACCUCUGAGCGUGCGCACUUUAGUCAGUACAAGAGUGCUCAGACCUUGUACGACGCUGUAGUUGCGCGCUACUCCUCCCCUGCCACUGCUGCACUGAGCCGUCUCAUGCUUCCCUACCUCUUUCCUGACCUCUCUGCCUUUCCCACUGUCGCUGACCUCAUUACGCACCUCCGCACUAGUGACACUCGCUACCGCGCCGCCCUUCCUGCUGAGUUCUGCGCUAAGAACCCCCCCCCCAUGUACAUCGCUCUCUACUACGUAGUCGCGCGCCUCCCUGACUCCCUUCGUGUCAUCAGGGACCACUUUCUCGCAGUCUGUCCCACCACCCUCACCGUCGACCUCCUCGAGAAGGCCCUCCUCGCAGCGGAGAAGAGCAUAGUCGCUGUAGGUGCUUCUCGUGGUGACCCUCGCACCCCCAUCUUUGAGGGGUGCUCUCCUUCCCCCUUGCUGCCCUCUGUUGCCUCUGCUGCUGCUGCCGACCUGCUUGGUCUUGAGUCGGUCGGCGCGGCGUCUGCCCCUAGUGGGAGACGUCGCUCCAGCAAGGGCAAGGGAGGCAAGGGCGCGGGUGGAGCUGGAGGGGGCGGUGGCGGUGGCGGCGGUGGCGGCGGAGGGAGUGGGGGUGGCGGCGGGACUAGUGGCGGGGGUGGUGGUGGUGGUGGCAGCAGCGGCGGAGACGGUGGUGGUGGUGCCAGCGGUGGUGGUGGAGGCAGCGGCGGCAGUGGAGGCGGCGGAGGUGGAGGCGGUGGAGGCGGCAGCGGAGGAGGCGGUGGUGGUGGAGGAGGUGGAGCUGGUCGAGGUGGUACCCAGCAGCGUAGCGGCGGUGGUGGUGGCCAGCGCUCGCAGCGGCAGCAGCAGCAGCGCUCGCGGGACAUCCCUCCGCCUCAGCAGCUUCGUGAGUGGUACGCUGGGCGUCAGAGGGGUGGGGGUACUGGUCCCUGCACCUACGUUCUUCGUUCCGGCGACCGCGCGGGUGAGCAGUGUGGGUGUGCCCACGCCACCCAGCGCUGCUUUGGCUGCCUGACGGACGCUUGGCGUCAGCAGUUCCCUGGGGCUAGUGAGAUCCCUCGCUGGGAUGAGCUUCUCAGGGCUGGUGUAGCGAUCUUUGAUCUUGAUUUUGAUGCUAUCCUUGCUGCUAUGUAUGUUGUGGAUUAUAGUGAGGAGAAUGAGGGUUACCGUUGUUUCCAGCCCGACCCGGGCAUUGGUACUGCUGCGCUAGGUGCUUGUGAGGCUGCUGCUCUAGGUGCCAGUGCGUCUGUGCUCUCAGGUACUGGUGAGACUGCGCUCUCAGGUACUGCGUCGUCCUCGUCCUCCCUCACUUUCACACUUGACUCCGGAGCUUCUCGCUCCUUCUUUCGAGACCGCACUACCCUUACGCCGCUCGGCCGGCCGGUUGCGGUCUCCCUUGCUGACCCCUCUGGGGGUCCUGUCCUGUCUCACUUCUUCAGUGUCCUCCCGUGUCCGGCUGCCCCUUCGGGCACCCUGUCGGGUCUGUACCUUCCCUCGUUCUCUACGAACUUGGUGAGUGGAGCGGACCUGCAGGAUGUGGGGGUUCACCAGUUCACUCCUGCGAGUCAGCGGGUGACCCACUGCACGGAGGCACGCACAGGCCGACACCUGGCCACGUUCUCGCGUCGGCCGGGGUCGAGUCUCUACACCCUGACCGUUGAGUCUCCUCCUGUCCCUGCGUCUGGUCAGGUGGCUGCGUCGGGUCAGGUGCUUGCUGCUGCGUCCCGGUCAGGUCCUGAGUCUGCCCCCUGUUCUUGUCGCCUCCUGUCUCACGAGACUCUCCUGUGGCACCACCGUCUUGGCCACCCCUCCUUGCCCCGUCUUCGGAGCAUGGCUUCCCGUGUCCUUGUCUCUGGUCUUCCCCAGUCUCUCCCUCCUCUCCCCUCCGGGCCAGGACCUUCCUGUGUCCCCUGUGUCGAGGGUCGCCUCCGGGCUACUCCUCACUCCUCCCACUUCCCCUCGACAGAGGCUCCCCUGCAGACGCUUCACAUGGAUGUGUGGGGCCCAGCCCCCGUCCGUGGGCAGGGUUACGAGCGCUACUUCCUGUUGGUGGUUGACGACUACUCGCGUUACACCACAGUCCUCCCCUUGCGCAGCAAGGGUGCGGUCACUGAGACCUUCACGCUUCCGGACUCACCACAGCAAAAUGGGAUUGCUGAGCGCCGCAUUGGCAUGGUCAUGGAUGUCGCUCGUACGUCCAUGAUGCAUGCGGCUGCCCCACAUUUUCUGUGGCCGUUUGCGGUGAGGUACCUGGCGCAUCAGCUCAACCUUCACCCCCCGGUCUCUCGGCCUGCAAUGUCCCCAGCCUUGCUGUGGACGGGGAAGGUUGGCGAUGCGUCUGUGUUCCGUGUCUGGGGAUCUCGGGCGUUUGUCCGCGACUUGUCUGACGUCACGUUCGACGAGUCAGUCCCCUUCUACCGUCUCUUCCCCUACCGCACUCCUUCCCUCCCCCCUCCCCCGGACUUCCUUGUGCCGGUUCCCCCCCCGGUAGACCCCCUCCCCCCUCAGGUUCCUGCACCCUCAGGUGUGUCCCAGGUAGACGCCGUUGACCCGGUCGAGGUAACUGGUGACUCUGGUGCUGCUGCGGGUGCUGAGCCUGGGGGUGCUGACUCUGGGGGUGCCGGGUCGGGAGCUGCUGAGCCUCGGGGUGCUGUGCUGGGAGCUGCUGAGCCUGGGGGUGCUGCGUCUGGAGCUGCUGAGCCUGGGAUUUCUCCUGCUGCUGCGUCUCGCCGGGAGCCCCUCUCUCCACAGGAGCUGCGUGAGUGGUUCGCUCGCCGCUGGAGGCGUGCUGCUGAGUCUGGAGCUGGAGCUGGUGAGGGCGUUCGUGCUGAGCCUACUACUGUUGGUCCUGCCGCUGGAGGUGUGGGUGGCACUGGUGCUGUCGCUAAGGGUGCAGGUACUGUCCCUGCUGAGUCUGGAGCUGCCGCGCGGCCUCGGCCGUACUUCGUUCCGCUCCUGCAGCAGGUUCUUGGUCUUUCUCCUCCAGUAGAGGGUCCACCGCCUGUCCAGUCGCAGUCCCUGCUGGAGCCUUCCUCUCCACUGCCUGCUCCCUCUCCUUACACUGGUCCUACUAGAGGUCUUGCUGAGCGUCGUGAGCCUGCGUCUCGUCGCGCGUCGCCUGUUCGUGCUGCUCGCGCUAGUGGUCGCAGUUCGCGUCAGCGUCCUCCUCCUGUCCCUGGCACGCACCGGAUGUCUUUGCGUCCGUCCACUGCUCCUCUGCGUGCCCCUUUGCCUUCUCCUCCUGAGUCCUCUCUUCCUGCGCUUGCCGACCCUGAGUCGGACUCUCUUCGUGCUGCCAGUCCUACUGUCACGCGUCUGCUUGCUACUGUCGUCACUGACCCCUCUUUUGAGUCCACUGCUGCGUCUGCUCUAGUCACUGAGCUCGUCGAUUUUGCUGCUCGCUGUCGUCUCGACUACGCUGCUAGUCUUGUUGCUGAGUCUGCGUCUGUCUAUCCUCCGUCCGUCGGGGGUGAGUGUGCUCUUGGCACGGACGUCCUAGAGGACAGGCAGGAGGAGUUACAGUGUCUAGCGGCUGCUUCACCUCAUCUCGCGUCUGUACUGCUUGCCCCUGAGGGAGACCCGGAUGCACUAGACAUCCCGACUCCGCGUUCUCAUGCGGAGGCCGUAGAGGGUCCCUACUCCUCUUAG